AUGCUGAAUGUCCGUUUGGCCGCCGGACAAGAUGCAGGAAGAGGUGAGAGGGACCUGGAGAAGGGGCUGCUGGAGCCCUCGACGCCGGGGGCACGAUCGGAGCCGCCGAUGUCACCCCGCACAUCGAAGGCGCUGCUUUUAUCGAAUUCCAGCAAGUCUCUGCUUGUUUCGAGUUCCAGCAAGUCCUUGAUGGUUUCGAAUUCCAGCAAGUCUCUUAUGGUGUCGAAUUCCGGCAAGUCUCUUAUGGCGUCGAAUUCCGGCAAGUCUCUUAUGGCGUCGAAUUCCGGCAAGCGGAUGGAUCAGGCGGGGAGGAAGAAGUACGUGAGGCAGGUCACCGGCAGGUUUAACGACACCGAGCUCCACCUGGCGGCGAAGCGGGGCGACGUGGCCGCCGUAAAGCAUAUUAUCGGUGAAAUUGAUUCACAGAUGAUGGGAACGCUGAGUGGGGCGGAGUUUGAUGCGGAGGUGGCUGAGAUUAGGUCGGCGGUUGUUAAUGAGGUCAAUGAGUUGGGAGAGACGCCGCUUUUCGCCGCCGCCGAGAAGGGGUAUCUUGGUGUGGUUAAGGAGCUCUUGCCUUAUACCACCACCGAGGGGAUUUACAUGAAGAAUCGGGUCGGCUACGAUCCCUUGCACAUUGCUGCUAGUCAAGGACACCAUGCCAUUGUCCAGGUCUUGUUAGACCAUGAACCAGGGCUUACCAAAACACUUGGCCCGUCGAAUGCAACAGCUCUUGUGUCUGCAGCUACAAGAGGGCAUAUAGAAGUGAUUAAGGUGUUAUUGUCUCAAGAUCAUACCUUGCUAGAAAUUUCAAAAUCCAACGGGAAAAAUGCAUUGCAUUUUGCGGCACGGCAGGGCCAUGUUGAUAUUGUGAAAGCUUUGCUUGACAAGGAUCCGCAAUUAGUAAGAAGAACUGACAAGAAAGGACAGACUGCUUUGCAUAUGGCCGUAAAAGGUCAUAGCUGGGAGGUGGUGAAGUUGCUUGUUAAUGCAGAUUCAGCUCUUGUCAUGCUUCCAGACAAGUUUGGCAAUUUAGCAUUACAUGUGGCCACGAGGAAGAAGCGAACGGAGAUAGUAAAUGAGUUGUUAGCAUUUCCCGAUACAAAUGUGAAUGCUUUAACAAGAGAUCAGAAAACAUCCCUUGAUAUAGCUGAAGCGCUUCCUCUGUCUGAAGAAUCCACGGCAAUUAAAGAAAGCCUAACGCAGUAUGGUGGUCUCCGAGCCCAGGAACUUAACCAGCCAAGGGAUGAACUUAAAAACACUGUGUCAGCUAUAAAAAAGGAUGUCCAAACUCAGCUUGAACAAGCACGCAAAACUAGUAAGAGCGUUACUGGAAUUGCCAAAGAGAUCCGUAAGCUACAAAGAGAAGCAGUAAACACUGCAGCUAACUCAGUGACCUUGGUUGCAUCACUCAUCGCAACAUUAGCAUUUGCAGCUAUAUUUACUGUUCCUGGUGGUGAUUUAGAUAGUGGGUUGGCUGUGACGGUUGGAACUACACCGUUCAAGAUGUUUUAUUUCUGUAAUGCUAUUUCACUCUUUGUAGCAUUAUCUGUUGUCGUAGUACAGAUCACCCUUGUUCGUGGCGAGACGAAGACUGAGAGGAGGGUUACUCAAGUGAUUAAUAAGGCAAUGUGGUUGGCCUCUAUGACAACUACAGUAGCCUUCAUUUCUUCAUCAUAUAUAGUGGUCGGUAGACGUAAUCGGUGGGCUGCAAUCGUUGUCACAGUUAUAGGAGGGUUUAUAAUUUCAGCCGUUCUUGGUAUCAUGACAUAUUUUGUGAUUAAGUCCAAAAAGAUCCAAAGAGUGAGAAAGAGAGAGAAGCUACUUACAAGGACUGGAUCCGCCUUGUUCACAGAUGACUCUGGUUCAGAAGUGAAUCGUGUUUUUGCCCUUUAA